AUGCUUAAAAUUCAAGGUGUUUGCAUGAAGCCACUUUGCUACCGCGUACUCAAGUAUGAAGAUCUCGAAGAAAGAACGUUAGAACUCAUAAAAUCUUUGCGCGAGGAACAUGGAUUGUUCGUCGUUCAACAGUUCAGGGAAGCCAACUUGAUGGGUAUCCAGAACGUUUCGGCAUACCUGGGUUCGCUUGUGAAGAACUUCAAGGAACGGCUACGGCAGAUCGGCCCACAGGAGGCCACCACCCGACCACUAGUUACCGGUCCUAACCUCGAAAACAUGAAAAAAAUAUUGGAACAGAGUGGGUAUUCGCUGGAAGUAACGAUUGGUCAGAGGAAAUAUGGAGGACCUCCUCCAAACUGGGAAGGCGCAGCUCCGGGUGCUGGCUGCGAGGUCUAUAUCGGAAAGAUACCCAAAGAUGUCUUUGAAGACGAACUAAUUCCUUUGUUCGAACAGUGCGGUCGAAUUUGGGAUCUGCGCCUUAUGAUGGACCCUGUCACCGGCAACAACAAAGGCUAUGCGUUCGUAACCUACUGUGAAAGAGGCCACGCGGCGGAGGCGGCAAAAAAAUUUGAAGGACACGAAAUAAAACCAGGGAAACGUUUACGCGUUAACGUCUCUGUUGCGAACACUCGUUUAUUUGUUGGAAAUAUUCCUAAAAGCAAAGGAAAAGAGGAAAUUAUGGAAGAAUUAUGCAAACCUGCAGAAGGAAUCUCGGAUGUUAUUGUCUAUGCGAAUCCCGAUGACCCUGCAAAGAAGAAAAACCGCGGAUUCUGCUUCCUAGAAUUCAGUGAUCACAAGUCGGCUUCGCAAGCCAAACGGAAAUUAUCCAACAGUCGCUUGAGACCGUGGAACGCAGAGCUCGUUAUAGAAUGGGCUGAACCUCAGGAAGAGCCGGAUGAAGAGACAAUGAAUAAGGUAAAGGUGCUGUACGUACGGCCGGUAAAAGACAGCUUCACAGAGGAAAAGAUAAAGGAAGAGUUUCAAAAGUUCGGUGAAGUAGAACGAGUUAAGAAAGUGAAGGACUACGCCUUUGUUCACUUUACUGAAAGGGAAAAUGCGAUGAAGGCAAUGACUGCACUAAAAGGGAACGAACUGGACGGCGUCACUGUGGAGGUGUCCCUCGCUAAACCUCAGUCCGAGAAGAAACGCAAAGAUCAAACUCGUCAACGCCGCGGUGGAGGUCGUUCAUCGUCGAACAAAUUUUAUGGCUCUUCAGCAGGACGAAAGGGAGGUGCAAUGGGCUACGGCAGAGAUGCACCCCCUCUCAUGUCCAUGCCAAGCAGGUGGGCUUCGAACUCCAGACGUGUCGGGUUCACUUCCGGCAAAAGACAACUCCCUUGA